CUGCCGACCAGUCCGGACUGAAGGAGGACAGAGAGGCAAGCCGUGAAAGCGAACAGAUGUGAGCCGGACCACGAAACGAGAACAAGCUGUUGUAAAGACGGAGACCGUUUCAUCCUGCUAAUAUGUGGCAACCCGCGUCGGAGCGACUGCAGCACUUCCAGACCAUGCUGAAAACCAAGCUAAAUGUGCUGACGCUGAGGAAGGAGCCGUUGCCCACGGUGAUCUUUCACGAGCCCGAGGCCAUCGAGCUCUGCUCCACAACACCGCUCACAAAGAGCAGGACUCAUGCCGGAUACAAGGUGGCCUACCUGGGUAAGGUGACUAUCUCUGGGACCCAGUUCCUGUCGGGCUGCACAGAGUCGGCGGUGGUGGGUCUGGUGGAGCGUCGUGCCCUCGCCCAGCAACAGGGCACCAUCCCCACAGGCAACUCACUGCUGGAGAUUCGGCCCUUCCAGGUGCGUCUUCACCACCUGGACGAGCACGGCGAGGCCUCAGUAACCAUGGACACGUACCAGGUGGCGCGGAUCGCCUACUGCACGGCCGACCACAGCAUCAGACCCAACGUAUUUGCCUGGAUCUACCGGGAGAUCAACGACGACCUGUCCUUCCAGAUGGACUGCCACGCCGUGGAGUGCGAGAGCAAGCUGGAGGCCAAGAAGCUGGCGCAUUCAAUGAUGGAGGCUUUCCGCAAGACUUUCCACAGCAUGCGCAGCGACGGCCGCAUCCACAAGAGUGGCUCAUCGGACGACUUUGCUGAGGACUCAUCCACCCCUGAAGACUCGACCCCAGACGACGGUUGAACUCAACCUCACCCAAACUCCUGAUCCCCAUCCUGACGAAUCGAGGGGUGACUGGAAGGAUGGACAGAUUACCUGCUUUCUCUCAUUCUCCCCUUCUAUCACUUUCUGUUAUCAAUUUGGAACAAAAUUAACUGACCCUGUGAACCGACACACCCAGGAUAAUGAAGUAGCUUUUAAAUACUGUCAAGAAAAGGUAGAUACACAAGGAGUUACAAAAGAUCUACAUUUGCAUACAGGGAUAGCAAAGUGCUGCCAAGUUGAAUAAAUGGCUCUCAAAGACCCACAGGGGCCUUUCAAGCACCUCUGUAAACGCCCUCAAGAGAUUGACUCGGCAUUUCCAUUUCCAUUUCCAACACUCCUGCACCCAGUGGAGACACUGUUUGUGGUUCUUAAGCUUUCUCAUCUAAGAAACAACAAACUCAAGUCCCCGCUCUUCUGACCCCAGCUCAAGACAACCUAUUGCUACUCUUGCCAUGUAGGGACCCAGCAGAAAUAGGCCUGUGACCUAUUUCUGAUCCCAACCCAGAGUUUAUGAGACUGUUGGAGCACAUAAAUUCUUUACAUGUUUAAUUAUGUGGAUCUAUGUUUCAAUGCCUUUGACCUUGGUAAUAGCAAAUGAGGAUGUGAAAGAAAAGCAAAGCCUUUAAGCACUAUUCAUAUCAUCACUAUGGUACCUUAGUCCAACCCUAAAAUUAUUCGCCGGCAUGGCUGUUGCUCAUGUGGACGAAGAAGCCGGAGCUUCUGCGUUCGAUAGGUACUUCAUGAUUCAGAGUAUGUGUAUUGCACCAGGGAGAAUAUAGGUGCUACAUAGAUGUAACGUUUUAGAAGUUGUCACUGGGCUGAAAGCCUGGGCCUGUCUGUGGCACAUUAAUCGCCCACAUCUGACUUCUGUUUUGAGUAUACCAAAAUCCAGGCUACAUUUUGCCUGUCAGAUUAUGUGCCUCACUUUCCUCUCACAUUAGUUUGGUCUCUUACCCAGGUCCCAGUGUGUAUGUGUGGCCAGGAGUGGGCGUGUCGACCUUUUGUUUGUUUGUUAUUCUGUGUGUGUAGGUGUAAUUGCUUACUUCUGUACUUUGUGUAUAUGAAUGUACACGUGAGUGCUUGCAUCUCUGUGUGUGAAAGAGAAACGAGGAGGGGGAUUAAGGAGGGGUAUCGUACGAUCAGCUGGAAGCAAAGACUUCUCAUUGGCCCAUCCUUGCAUCCGUGUGUGAUGCUUAAGGAGGUGUUUUAAAAUCAGACAUGGUACUGAGGCCAUUUGCCACGUUUUCUUACUUUCAUCUUGUGCUAAAUGGAAACAUGAGUGUGAGAGUCUGAAUGUGCCAGUCUCUGAGGUUGUAGGACUCUAAAACACAGCCGUCCGAGAUAUCGACUGACACCUCCUGGCCUCCGCUUGAAUGUACUUGCCGUGUGCACCUCGCACCAUCUCCAGUCACCUCAGUCUCCCGUAAUCUCCUCAUGCUAUCACAGACGGCUGUAAGGGACAGUCAGUGACCGGCUUCACUCCGCUCUGCCGCCCUGCGCCACCUCUCCGAGCGACCGAGGCACCGCCGUGGGGAUGAGGCUCAUCAGAGCUCCACGCCACUGUCUUCUUUUCUAACUGGACUGUACUUAACAGACUGGACGCUAUCACUGAACAUCGGUCAGUGACUCAAGCAGAAUGAUUCAAGUGGCUCUGGUCAACACACACACACACACACUCAAAUAUACAUACCUACAUACACCUAUACAUAUGUACCACAUACAUUGUAUUUGAAUCUUGCUCAAUAAGCUUAUGUAAAUACAAAUGUAUCACUUUUCAGAUAUUACAGCAUAAAUGUUGAUAGCUAUUUUAAAUAAAAAAAAAUGUUGAGAACCAUCAUACGAUACAGAAACAGUGUUAUAAAGCCUACUGUGAAUAAUAAGAGGAGGGUCUGAUUGUGGUGGCUGAGCGUGUGUGUGUGUGUGUGCGUGUGUGUGUGUGUGUUAGGAAGGGAUUAUAUGUGGUGGGGAGUGUGGUGAGGGGUGUGUAUGGACAGGCCAGAGGGGGGAGAAUGUUUAUAAAGCUGUAGAGUACUGUGUCAUGUCUGUCUGAAAGCUCAGACGCGCUUUAAAUGUUUGACAAAUGUUACCUUAAGUGUUUUCUAUACAGUGUUUGCAAAGAUCAAGAAACAAUUGCAUAUAAAGUAUUUA